UCCCAUAUUCAUAUGACAUUAUGACAACUUGAAUCUUUUUGUAAAUAAUGAAGAUCAUAUCUCAACAAACCAUUAAACCAUCCUCCCCAACACCUUCUGACCUCAAAACUCAUGUCCUCUCAUUGCUCGAUAACUAUAUGCCACAUGCACCGGUGCCAUUUAUUUUCUUCUACAAAAAUUACAACAAUGGUGACAUCAACAUCCUCAAGAAGUCACUAUCAAGGUGUUUGACACAAUACUACCCAUUCGCAGGUAGGAUCUUAAGUCCUUUCGCGGGUCACAUCGAUUGUAACGAUGAAGGGGUUGAGUUCUUGGAAGCUUCCCAUGAUAGUCGGCUUGAUGACUACAUUCGCAAGGAAGCAAAUCACGAAAGCCUACGCGAACUACAUCCUAAUGUUAGCAUAACUAACAUGGUCGCGGUCCAAUUGAACCAUUUCACUGGUGGUGGAGCCGCAGUAGCUGUGUCCAUAUCGCACAAGCUCGUUGAUGGUUUCACAAUGGCCACCUUCAUUAAUCAAUGGGCCAAGGUUACACGCGGUGGAUCAUCAUUCAAACCAUAUUUCCUUACACCACCUACAAGUUAUAAUAAUGUUGAACUACCUAAAGUCACUAUUUCACAUGAAGCUAAGCAUGUAACAAAGAGUUUUGUAUUUCCUAAUUCAAAAAUAAAUGUGCUCAAGGAGAAGGUUAUGAACUCCAUGGGCAUCACACUAUCCCGAGUUGAGGUAUUGACAUCUUUAUUAUUCAAAUGCUCGGUUGAUGCGGCCACAACCAAGUCAGGGCUUUUUAAGCCAUCAAUCUUGGUUCAUCCGAUCAACAUGCGAAACAAAAUCUUUAAGAAUGAUCCUGAAAAGGCAGCAGGCAACAUACUUUCAUCGGUGGUCGUAAAGAUGGAUGAUUCACGCAAAAUCACGCUAAACGAGGUGGUUGCUAAGUUAAGGAGAGGGAAAAUGGAAGCUAGAGAAAUUAGAGAUGUGCAAGAGAUAGGUGAAAAAUAUGCAAGCAUGGUGCCAAUGUUGAUAGGUGAUCCUAGUGUACAAGUAUAUUGGACUACAAGCUUUUGUUGGUUCCCUCUUUAUGAAGUGGAUUUUGGAUGGGGUAGACCAGUACAAGUGAAAUAUGUAAUUCCGGAGGUGAAUCUUGUCUUAAUGGACACUCCGGAUAAAGUUGGUAUUGAAGCAACAAUACGCCUUCCAGAAGAAGAAAUGUUGAUCCUUCAACAGGACAAAGAGCUUCUUGCUUUUAUUGAUAUAAAAUCUAAAGUGUAAUUUGAUCAUAUUAAAAAAGAUAAAUAAAAC